GAGCCCCCGGGCCGCCUCUUCCCCUCACGGCCCGGCGGGGCGGGCGCUGCCGCCGCCGCUGAAGCUCCACAGGCCGCCGCCGCCGCAGCGCCUCUCCCGGAUCGCCGCCGGCCGGCCGGCCAGCAGGCGGGAGGCGGCGGCGGCUGGCAGCCCCGCGCCGCGGCCGCUUAGCCGGCAACCUGCGCGGCCGGGCCUGAGCGCCGAGCACCCGGUUCCGACAUGUCCGGCAAGAUCGAGAAAGCAGUAAAUAACCCUGUGAGAAUAGUAAAUAUAACUCCACACCAGCGAAGCAGCGUGAAGAGUUCAAACGCGGGAAGAUGACUCUGUAGACACACACAAACGCAGUGCGGUUCCAUAAACAAUAGAACAGAAAGGCCAAAAAUACCAUACAAAAAUCAUACGCUGCGCAACCUAGAGACCCGACCUUGCAACACACUGAACUCCCAUUGAAGAACUCAAGACAUCAUGCAGGAUCCGUCCCCAGAUUCUGAGCGUUCCCAUCUCUCCUCGUUCACUAUGAAGUUGAAGGGCAAGUUUCAUUCACCAAAAAUAAAGAGAACCCCUUCAAAGAAAGGAAAGCAAGCUGACCUGACAGUGAAAACACCAGAGAAGUCAGCGAACAAAAAUGUAUCAUGGCUAGAAGAAAAGGAGAAGGAGGUCGUCAGUGCAUUGCGCUACUUUAAGACUAUUGUGGACAAAAUGGCAGUUGAUAAGAAAGUGUUAGAGAUGCUGCCAGGCUCAGCAAGUAAAGUGCUGGAAGCCAUCCUGCCCUUGGUGCAAACCGAUCCACGCAUCCAGCAAAGUUCUGCCAUCUCGUCCUGCUAUAGCCGUGUGUACCAGAGUCUGGCCAAUCUAAUUCGCUGGUCUGAUCAAGUGAUGCUGGAAGGUGUGAAUUCAGAAGACAAGGAGAUGGUGACAACAGUGAAGGGUGUAAUAAAAGCUGUUCUGGAUGGAGUCAAGGAGCUGGUCAGACUCACGAUUGAAAAGCAGGAGCAUCCCUCCCCGACAAGCCCAGUUAAACCCAGUUUACCAGCAUGUAAAUCUGACAGCCCAUCAGAACUUCCCCUUACAGACCGAGAAAUGGAGAUCCUCAACAAAACAACUAACAUGACUCAAUCCAACGAGCUACUGACCGACUCCAUGGAUGAAGAAGUUGCACCACCUAAACCCCCUCUGCCUAGCAUUCGUGUGGCAGAAAACAGCCCUCCACCAGCGUUGCCCCCUAAAAAACGGCAGUCAGCACCUUCCCCAACCAGAGUGGCAGUUGUGGCCCCCAUGAGCCGAGCCACCAGUGGGUCCAGUUUACCAGUUGGAAUCAACAGACAGGAUUUUGAUGUUGACUGCUACGCCCAGAGAAGGUUGUCGGGGGGAAGCCACUCCUACGGGGGGGAAUCUCCUCGCCUCUCGCCGUGCAGUAGCAUCGGCAAACUCAGCAAGUCUGACGAGCAGCUCUCUUCCCUGGACCGCGACAGUGGUCAGUGCUCACGCAACACAAGCUGUGAAACGUUAGAUCAAUCGGAUCACUAUGAUCCGGAUUACGAAUUCCUGCAGCAGGACCUCUCAAAUGCCGACCAGAUCCCUCAGCAGGUGCCAGGUAUCCUGAGCCCGUUGCCAGAGUCCUUGGGUGAGUCUGGCUCCCCUUUCCAUGGACAUGCUUUCCAGCUCCCGCAGGGCAGCUCUCCUCCGCUGGAAUUCUGCAGCCUCUCGGGAGCAGCACAGCCGACAGAGACUCCUCCAGCUUUACCAGAAAAGAAGAGGAGGAGCGCAGCCUCUCAGACUUCAGAUAACUCAGGCUGCAGGGUGUCCUACGAGAGGCACCCUUCCCAAUACGAUAACAUCUCGGAGGAUGACAUGCAGAAUGCAGUGUCUGUCCCAUCAGUACCCUUCACGCCGUUUGCUGCUGUUUUGCCUUUCCAGCAAGGAAACUCUUCAGCACCCGUUGAAUUCAUUGCCGACUUUGCUGCUCCAGAUUCUAACAGUGACCCAGAGAAGCCACCACCUCUGCCAGAGAAGAAAAACAAACACAUGAUGGCGUAUAUGCAGUUUGUAGAAGACUACUCAGAGCCGCAGCCGUCCAUGUUCUACCAGACCCCUCAGAACGAGCACAUCUACCAGCAGAAGAACAAGCACCUCAUGGAAGUCUAUGGGUUCAAUGACCCCUUUAUCAGCUUAGACCCCUCUCAAGAUCUGGCACCUCCUCCUGCUCUCCCACCGAAACAGCGGCAGCUGCAGGCCUCCUAUGCUGCCUCUUCUUUCUCUUCUGUCUCCUACUGUGUCCAGCAAACUAAAGUGCCCUUCACCCCCGAGGACACCGGUGCCACUCAGGGCCUCACUAUGUCAGUCUCUAACUCCUUUCUCAGCCGGCACAGCUCCUUUCCUGUGCAGUCGUACAAAUCUGUGUUUAGGUCCUACUCCCAGGACUUUGUGCCUCACAACCAAGUCUCCAUACCUCCUUUCCUCUCUUCUACCUCCUCCUCCUGCUCCACCCCGCCUUUCCCAACCGUCCAUCCAUCCCAGAGCUCUGACCUAGCGGUGCCCGCUGCAGCCAGCCAGUCACCCAGCACUGUGGAUGUGCCAAACUCCUCUUCUCAGGAGAGCAGCUUUAACGGGAAUGCUCCUGUCUGCCUUCCUUCUGAAACCUCUUUCACUGAUUCUCUCCAGACGCCUUCGAGUGAAAACGCCAGUGAGGAGGCUGGUGAGGGUGAAUACGUCAAUCUGUAUUCCUCUGGCCAGAGCAACGGGGAACUCCCUCGCUCUGAAGGAGAAUCUCCCUCGGUCAAAGACAGCAACUCCAAAGACUCCGCUUCAAGCAGCAGUGCCAUGGGGAAGGAAGGCAAAGACGCUGCUGAAAGGCAGCAGCAGUCACCAGAUGCUUUGGAAUCGUCACAGUUGGAGGAAGAGGUAGAUGAACUGUCCCUCAUCGACCACAGUGAAAUUAUGGCUAGGUUAACACUGAAGCAAGAGGGAGAUGACGGGCCAGAUGUUCGUGGUGGGUCCGGAGACAUCUUGUUAGUGCACGCAACAGAGACCGACAGGAAAGAUCUGGUGCUGUACUGCGAAGCCUUUCUGACCACAUACAGGACAUUUAUUACCCCUGAAGAGCUCAUCAAGAAGCUGCAGUACAGAUAUGAGAAGUUUUGCCACUUCCCAGACACGUUUAAGAAGCGAGUCAGUAAGAACACCUUCUUCGUGCUGGUGCGAGUGGUGGAUGAGCUGUGCUUAGUGGAGUUAACGGAGGAAAUUCUCAAGCUGCUGAUGGACCUGGUCUUCCGACUGGUCUGCAAUGGGGAGCUGAGCCUCGCCAGAGUGUUGCGCAAGAAUAUCCUUGAUAAAGUGGAUCAGAAGAAAAUGUUGAGCUACGCCAAUUCCAUCAAACCUCUUGCAGCCCGUGGGGUGGCAGCCAGGCCAGGGACCCUGCAUGAUUUCCACAGUCAUGAAAUAGCCGAGCAGCUGACCCUCCUAGAUGCCGAACUCUUCUAUAAAAUUGAGAUCCCAGAAGUUUUGCUUUGGGCAAAGGAGCAAAAUGAAGAGAAGAGCCCCAACCUGACACAGUUCACAGAGCACUUUAAUAACAUGUCCUACUGGGUCCGUUCAAUAAUUAUGCUACAAGAGAAAGCCCAAGACCGAGAGAGGCUGCUCCUUAAAUUCAUAAAGAUUAUGAAGCACUUAAGAAAGCUGAAUAAUUUUAAUUCCUAUCUGGCCAUUCUUUCUGCACUGGAUUCUGCACCCAUCCGAAGGCUGGAGUGGCAGAAACAAACCUCAGAGGGCCUGGCUGAGUACUGCACGCUGAUCGACAGCUCCUCCUCCUUCCGCGCCUACCGAGCAGCGCUGGCUGAUGUGGAGCCCCCCUGCAUACCUUACCUAGGCCUGAUUCUGCAGGACCUGACCUUUGUUCAUCUGGGAAACCCUGAUUACAUCGACAGCAAAGUGAACUUUUCCAAGCGCUGGCAGCAGUUUAACAUCCUGGACAGCAUGAGGUGCUUCCAACAAGUACAUUACGACAUCAAAAGAAACGACGACAUAGUGUCAUUCUUCAACGAUUUCAGCGACCACCUGGCUGAGGAGGCCUUGUGGGAACUGUCCCUCAAAAUCAAACCUCGGAACAUUACGAGGCGGAAAACAGACCGAGAAGAGAAAACCUAGGAGGAGGGGUUGUGCGAGCGAGGAGAAUUGCUCCGCAGACGCACCGAGGGCAGCUAUGAGACUGGAGUUCAAUGUUUGUACCUGUUACUGGAUGACGCACCCUCCCUCCCAGCUGGCAGCCAUCCCUGGGUGCGCGAAUGUCGGGCUGUCGCGGCAGGCAAGAAGUGACGGCGCGCGUCGGCCGCAAAGGGCAGAGAUCAGCCGGUGCUCACUGCACUCGCCCUCCUCCUCCUCCCGUCCCUCUGUGCCAUGAAUCAGCUUUAAACCCGGGGAGAGAGCUUUGUGGAAGGAGGGUCCCGUGCGAGCGUGUUACUGGUUUGCUGGCCGAUUCCAUCCGGGAAUACCCGGCUUUUUGUUUUCGUCCACAAAGGAGGGUCGGCAAGAGCUCAGCACCCUCGAACUUGUCUCCGGAGCGGUGUUCAGCAGGCAGCAGCCCUGGAAGCCGAGGGUUUGAGCCUCCCCUGCAAUGCCACCUUGAAACGUGUUCAUCCCUAGGAGAUGAGGAUGGAGGAGUCUCCCGCUGCCUGCCGGAGGAGCUUUCGGAGAGCUGCUUGUGUUUACAGGGGUCUUCGGUUUACCCCAGAUCUCUCGCGCCUCCUCCACGGGAGGAAGGCACCGGUCGUAGAUAUGGAAAAGGCACUGAAAAUGUGGGCAGGGACCCGCCAUCUCCAGUCAUCGUAUCCCCCUCCUCCUCUCAGAUCUCGUUAUUUAAGCAACGGUAAUCCCUCCGAACCCUGGAAACAUUGACUACCCGAGGUACCGCGGUUCGCUUGGCCCGUGAACCCGUAUCUUUUAGCGAUGGUACUAGCUUUUGCACAGGAAAUGCUGUAGUAUACGAGACUGUAAAUAUUAGUGUUUAGAAUCCAUUGGAGAUUUUUUUGAUGCAUGUCUGAAUACCGAUGGGUUUAUAGGAAAAAAAAAAAAAAAAAGAAAAGUGCAAAAUAGUAUGUAUAAAAUUCACAACCAGUGACGAUGUUCCAAGUGCUGGAAGAAAGGAGGCUCGGGGUGGCCGCGUGGGUGCUGGCUGCGGAGCGGGCGCAGGAGCCGGGCGAAGGAGCCAGCGGGUCCCUUUCUGGGGCUGGAGACGGGCACCGGGAAGGAGCCCUGUGCCCAGCCGAGCCGCCCUGUCCCCUCCGCCCCGCUCCGCUCUGCUCUCACUGGUGCCAAAUGGUUUUUUCGGGGGGUUCCCGUCCGGCUGCCCCUUGGUGCUGUGCUUUGUGAUCCGCGCUUUGGCAGGAGCCCCGGCAGCUCCCCGUCCCCCGUCCCGCCGUGCUGGAGCCAGCAGGGCAGGGGCAGCCCGGCGUGGAAGAGCGAGGGGGGUCCUCAUUUCCCACACAGGCAGCGUUAACCCCAGUCCGUUCGGUGUGCCUUAUUCCCUCUCCGUGUCCCUCCUGCCGCCUCCUCCCCAGUUCGGCCCCAGUCGGACCAUUUCACAGCCCUCCCCUCUGUCCUCGCCCCAUGGUUUACGGCAUGGAUCGUGGGUUUGAGUGUACGCUGUAGGUUUUAGCAGCCUGUGAGGCCUUUCUCAGCACUGUGUCGCGUGGUCACAGGUUUUUACAGAGCUCUAACAAAAUCCUGCGGUUUUAGGGCAGCAGCCUGCAAGGAACACAGCCGGGGUGUUUCGCAGAGCAUCCUUAACUUAUUUCUCAAUAGCAGCUCCGUGUUUGCUAAAGCCGCUGUUUAUUCUGGGUGAAUCAGAGUUGCCAGCACUUCCUUCUCCAGAUUGCCAAGCCUUUGCCGGCUGUGGGCAGACGCAGCCCUGCCUGGCGGGCGGCCGGAGGGAGCGACAGCGGCGUUGCCCCGGUCGCAGGAUUAUACCCAGCUCGAUUGUUUUCCUGCAGAUUUAGGCACAGGACUCGCACAGCGGCCAAACGCUGAAGCGCAGAGAGACCCCCCUGCCCGCGAGGGCGUCUUCUGGGGAAGGCGAGCGUGGGGUCCCGCACCGCUCCGUGGUGUGCAACCCCGGCGCAGCAGAGCGGGGAUCUUCCUGUGCCGAAAUGCAGUGUCCGAGCCAGAACUCUUCAAAACCGGUUUAUUUUUGUGGCACGAAGAGCAUUGGAGCCGUGUGUUGUGUCCGGCCAAGGCUUUGCAAUCCCCAAAGGUUUCCCAGCCUUCCACGCAGGAAGUAAUGCUUGUGUUUUCCUUUGUAAAUAAGAUUUUUUUUAAAAACCUAACCCAAUAUGACAAGACUAUGAAAAGGCAAAUACAGGCGGUGUCCGGCACAGGCUUCCCCCCGCCGGCUCCGAGCAGCUCCCUCGGUGCUGGGCCGUGCCCUCGGCUCUUUCUAGGAGUGCCGUGUGCUGGUGGCACUGAAACCCCGGCCCGUGGCCCCGCUUGCCCCGUGCGGGGGCCAUGGGGGUGCAGCGCUCGUGGGGCUGGAUGCCACGGGGGCCAGGGGGGUGCGCCUUGUCCCAGCCCUGCCGGGGGGCUCGCCCCCCCUCUCCCUGGUCCAGUUCUUGCCUGCGCUUGGAACCACGAGCCCUCUUACCGACAAAGGGGGGUCUCGCUCUCCCUCAGCCCCCCCGAGCCGGCGGCUCGGCCCGUGGCGUGGGGACGGGAGGGCUGCGCGGCCGCAGCACCUCGUCCAGCGCGGUGGGGCCGAGCCCCCCGGCUCCCCCCCUUCUCCCCAUUGCUCUGCCGUCAUCCCCAGCCGAGCGGGGUGUCCCAGCCACGGCUCCUGGCCCGUGUCCCUACCUUGGCCGGGCUUGCAGGGCUGGAGGGGCCCUAACGAAGGUUCCCCUCCCCCAGAGCAGCUUCAGGUUUGCUGACCAGAGACCCCCCCUCCAGGAGCAGCACCCCUGGGGAGCAGAAGCCCCGAACAGCAGCCCUUGGCAAGACCGGCCCUGAGCGUGCUCCCAUGUCUUGCAGGCAGCAUCCCUGAGGCUGUCACCUCCCUUUUUGGGGGGAGAGAGGGGUCUCGAUCCCCUCCGCGCGUGGGGCAGAAGCGAUGCCCCCGGUCACCAGCCCCCUGCCCCGCUCCCAGGCCUCCCCCCCAGCCGUGCGGUUGUGUUACGUAUUUACCACUAACCCGGUCCUGAUGGUGGCAUCUUCCUGCGAACAUUUCAGACCUGUAACUUUUAUAUUAAAGACAAAUAAACACCAAUAACAAACCCGCCUGAUCAUCCUGUUUACAGUGCAUGCAGCAGUCUGUGGAUUAAAGUGACAAUCGAAUCCGC